AUGUGCCCAUCUGCGUCUUCGUCACUGCUCGCCUUGACUUCGCUUACUGGCUUUGCCAACUUUAACCCAUCCCUUUUGAAACUCCACGACCCUGCUCCUGACAUUUCCGCCUUGUCAGCACACCUUGCACCCGCUCCUUCCACCCUGGCUCGCGAUUUCUCAGCCAACGAGGGGUCCCAGGUCCGUCCUGAAGAAGGGCGGACGGUAAACCUGCUCGAGAGAUUCGAGGUCUGGUCGCAAACCAGUUCAAGCAUUCGAAACCGUGCUUGA